GGAAGGAGGGAACGGAGCUGUAGGCAGCCGGUGCAGGGUUCUGCCUGGCCCGACAAGUGCCUGGGAUCUCUCGCAAAAUGGCUUGAAAGAGGAGCCCGGCGCAGAAGAUGAAUGACUCCCGGGAGGAUGGGAUGGAUUUAGGGAGCGACGCCGGCAGCAGCCGCUCCAGCUCGGAGUCCAACUCCAGCAAAGCCACGCCGUGCUCGGAGGGCAAGUCCUCGCCGUCCCCCAGCAGCCUGGACCUGGCGGCGCUGGAGGACUCGGAGGAGGAGGAGGAGGACGGGGGCUACCUGCCCUCCCCGCCGGCGCGCCGGCCGCCGCCGCGCUGCCCCGCCGGCGAUGCCCGCUGCCGCGCCGCGCCCGCCCGCCGGAGCGGCUCCCCCGCCGCCGCCGCGCCCCGCCGCCCCGCCGCCUCCCGCCCGCGGCCGCCCCAGCCCCAGCGCCCGCCGCCGGUACCCCCGCAGGAGCGGCGGGCGGCGGGCGGGCGGCGGGGCGGCGGGGCGCAGCCCCCUCGGGAGCCGCAGCCGCCGGCUAUGGACUGGGCGGCCCUGGAGAGGCACCUGGCCGGGCUGCAGUGCCGGGAGCAGGAGCGGGGCCAGCGGGCCAGCCCCGCCUCGGCCCAGAAGAAUGAGCGGGAGUCCAUCAGGCAGAAGUUGGCUCUGGGCAGUUUCUUCGACGAUGGCCCGGGACUCUACACCAGCUGCAGCAAGAGUGGCAAGCCGAGCCUCUCCUCCCGAUUGCAAAGCGGGAUGAACCUGCAGAUUUGCUUUGUGAAUGACAGCAGCAGUGACAAAGACAGCGACGCCGAUGACAGCAAGACAGAAACCAGCCUGGACACGCCACUGUCACCCAUGAGCAAGCAGAGCUCGUCCUACUCUGACAGAGACACGACAGAGGAAGAGUCGGAAUCCCUUGAUGACAUGGAUUUCCUCACCAGGCAAAAGAAACUCCAAGCUGAAGCCAAAAUGGCCUUGGCUAUGGCUAAGCCCAUGGCCAAAAUGCAGGUGGAGGUGGAAAAGCAGAACAGGAAGAAAUCGCCGGUAGCAGAUCUUCUGCCACAUAUGCCUCAUAUAAGUGAAUGCCUGAUGAAGAGAAGUUUAAAACCCACUGAUCUAAGAGACAUGACUAUUGGGCAGCUACAAGUGAUAGUCAAUGAUCUCCACUCACAGAUAGAAAGCUUGAACGAGGAGCUGGUGCAGCUGCUGCUCAUUCGGGACGAGCUGCACACAGAGCAGGAUGCCAUGCUGGUGGACAUCGAGGACCUGACCAGACACGCUGAAAGUCAGCAGAAGCACAUGGCAGAGAAGAUGCCGGCAAAAUGAAGCCCGGAGCCCCGGGAGCAGAGCUGGACGAGACUUCAUUUUGCUUCUGUGUGUCCCAGCGCCGACGUCCACAGUGGCACGCAAGAAAACCAGUGUUAGUCAUUGACCAUGUCUGAAGCUUUAUGUCCGGUGAUUGGCCUCUGCUUCUUAAUUUAUUUUAAUUUUUUUACUUGUGCCACUAAAUAUCAGGCAUUUUAAUAAUAUUAUUACAAAAAAUGUACAGUACUUAUAACAUUAUAAAUCAUGGGUGAGAAGAGAGGGUAGUUUAACUUUAUUUUUGUCUGUUUAGAGAUUUUCAGUUGAACGAUAUUUUACCAUUGACUACUUUUUUAUUCUUCACUGUAGUUUUAAAAUAAAGGAACUGUACUUGAAGGUGCUAUACAAGUCAAAAAAAUACAUGCCUGCCUCGUAGUGAAGUUGUAGCUUUCAGUAAUAUGUAUAUUUUAAUCAGUUUUCAACAUUUUGUGAAUGUUGACUACCUGACAUUCAUUUUUAGAUGUGCUAUUAACAUUCGGUUGGAUUCAGAGAGUUACCUUGAAAGUUUUAUGUAUAAAUAUGUAAAAUAAAAAUUUAAAAAAUUGUUUCA